AUGUCUGCUCUUCAAGGUCUCCAGAAGGUUAAGCUUAUCCCCAACAAGAACUACAAGAGAUCCGGCACCAAGUCCUAUGUCUACCUGCUCAACAAGUGGGGUUUCGAGCCCACUAAGCCUGGCCCAUACUUCCAGCUAAACAAAGUCUCCCAGUCUGGCCACCAUGGUCUGCUGCACAAGGUGGGUGGUAAGGCUACCACUCAACGAGUUCUUGCAAAGAAGAAGCAUGGCUCAACAACCUCUGGCGCUGCUGCCACGGGUGAAGAAUCUGGAGAGGUUGGUGCAGAUGACCAGCAGAACGAUUCCGAAUAUCUCUGCCCUGUAGCAAUCGGUACGCCCGCUCAAACUCUUAGCCUCGAUUUCGAUACCGGUUCUGCCGAUCUAUGGGUCUGGUCUACCGAGCUUUCCGCUUCUGUCAAGUCGCAAGGUAAAGGACAUACCAUCUUCGACCCCUCAAAAUCGUCUACAUAUCAGGCUGUGAAGGGCUCAACCUGGAAGAUCUCAUAUGGAGAUAGUUCCUCCGCUUCCGGUGAUGUUGGUACAGACAACGUGAAUCUUGGUGGACUCGUAGUCAAGAACCAAUCUAUUGAGCUUGCGAAGCAGAUGUCAGCCCAGUUCGUUCAGGGUGCUGGAGAUGGACUUCUCGGUCUCGCAUUUGGCUCCAUCAACACUGUUACGCCCAAAGCUGUUGCAACCCCUGUUGAGAACAUGAUUACCCAGCAAGAUAUCCCUCAGAAUGCCGAACUUUUCACAGCCAAGCUUGGUAGUUGGCGUGACGCCAACGAGCCUGAUAAGGGAGAAUCUUUCUACACCUUCGGUUACAUUGACCAAGCAACUGUCACGGCCUCCGGUCAAGAUAUUGCUUAUACCCCAAUCGACAGUUCUCAGGGAUUCUGGAUGUUCGAUUCCACGUCCGCAACCGUGAACGGCAAGUCUGUUGCACAGUCAGGAAACACUGCCAUCGCUGACACUGGAACCACUCUCGCUUUGGUCUCUGAUGAUGUCUGCCAAGCUAUCUACAAUGCCAUUCCAGGUAGUACCUACGAUUCGCAACAGCAGGGUUGGACAUAUCCUAGCAGCACCACCGCAGACAAUCUCCCGGUUGUUACAUUUGCUGUCGGUGACAAGCAAUUUGCUGUUCAGAAGGAAGAUCUUGGAUUUGCGGAUGCGGGCAGCAACAUGGUGUAUGGAGGUAUUCAAUCCAGAGGUACCAUGACCUUUGAUAUUCUCGGUGAUACUUUCCUCAAGGGUAUCUAUGCUAUCUUCGACCAGGGCAACAGUCGCUUUGGUGCUGUCCAGAGAGCCGAGCAAACCCAGAACGUUUCCGCUCCUCCUUCUUAA